AUGCGCCCAUUCAAGCCCACCGCCGGCGCCUCCACGCCGGCGGACGCGCGCAUGGUCAAGGCGGGCUCCGACCCAUCCACCUACCGCCUCGAACUCCACUUCAACCAUCUCGUCUCCUCCGGCCGCCUCGCGGCCGCCGGCAAGGUGCUCGACCAGAUGCCCGAGAAGAACACCCUCUAUCUCAGAUCACUCAACCGCCUCGAACUCCACCUCAACUACCUUGUCUCCUCCGGCCGCCUCGCGGCCGCACGCAAGGUGCUUGACCAGAUGCUCGAGAAGAGCACCCUCUACCUCACCCUCUACCUCAGAUUCCUCAACCGCAUUCUCUUGGGAUGCUCCAGGCCCUGCGACCUCGCCGCCGCCAAGGCGCUAUUCAGCGCCGCGGCUUGCCGCAACGCCAAAACCUGGACAAUCAUGAUGAGCAUGCUCCCCGCGGACGGCCGUGGCUCCGAUGCCGUGUUGUCGCUCUUCCGAGACAUGCUCAGGGAGGGCGAGGCGCCCGACGACGUCACCGUCACCACCGUGCUCAACGUGCCUGGCUGCGCUGCGAUGUCGGGACACUCCAUCCCGUGGUCACCAAGCUCGGCUUUGGCGCCAGUGUUGUCGUCUGUAACACGCUGCUAG